GUUGAGGAGCGUGCUCAUAGCAUCUAAAAACAAUUAGGAUUUGACGUUUCCCUUAAUCGUAUCUUCCAGAUGGCAUCAAAAGUCUUUAUUUGUAAUAUUGAAGAUGACCUGUCUUGUUUUCUAUGUUCUCAAAUUUUUAAACAGGCAGUGUCGAUUCAUUGUGGUCACAAUUUUUGCAGAGAGUGCAUCAUUGAAGAAUGGGAAAUAAAAUCUAUAAGAACAUGCCCAGUCUGUGGAGAACCAUCUGCUCUAGAUGAUGUAAGAAACAAUCACACCCUGAAUGCUAUUGUGGAAAAGCUGGUAAAAGAACAGAAUCAGUCAAGUGAAGAAAGACAGGACGAUGAUGAAAUGUGCAGCCAGCACCAAGAAAAGUUGAAAGUGUACUGUGUAGAUGAUAAAAGUGUAAUAUGUUGUGUCUGCCAACUAUCAUCAAGCCACGAAAACCAUUUUCUUCGCCCAAUCAAAGAGGCUGCAGAUGAAUACAAGGAAACAGUAAGGAAAAAUGCUGAAAUAUUCAGACAACGACUAUUGAACUUUGAAAAGUCACAAAAGGCAUAUGAUGACAUCAUGAUUAACAAUAAGAAUCAGGCAUUAAUAAUGGAGGAACAAAUAAAGAAGGAGUUUAAGGAGCUGCACAACUUCUUAAAAAACGAAGAGAACUGCAGCCUUUUAUUUCUAAAAAUAGAUAAAGAACAUAAAAGACAAGCCAUGGAACGCAAGCAGAAAUAUAUAACUGCACAAAUAGAAACUCUUGCAGUUAGCAUUGCAAAUGCUGAAGAAGCUUUGAAACAAGAUGAUAUCACCUUCCUAAAGCACUAUGGAGAUGCCACGGAAAGGAUAGCAGAUACUAUUCCAGAUCCAAUUAGCUCUUCAGAUCUAAAAUUACUAGAUGUGGAAGCUUAUUUGGGGUUAUUGAAGCAAACUGUGUGCCAAAAGAUGUCAAACCAUUUUCAAGCAGGUCAUCUUAAAGACACAUCACCAUUAAAGGCAGGAUUAAAAACAUGCCUACCUAAUCCUCAGCCUGCUGCAGCUCCUCAGACUACCUUUAAUCUUACAGUUCCUAAUGAAUUUAAAUUUUCACUUGGAAAGUAAUUAAUUUCAAACCACAAAAAUGGUUCUCAUAAAAGUCUUUGAAAUUCUAAAGAAUUUCAGUUUGUUUGCGCCAAUCCUUCAAGGUAGAUUUGAUACCGUGAUGUUCAGCUAGCUGUAACAGUUCCAAAAAUAAAAUAAAUCAAUGAA